GUACUAUAGAAAUUUUGGGGAUAUGCACACAGUCCAACCCCCCUCUUAGGCUUGAAGCGACCGAUUGACUCGGCGGUUGCGCCGCCAUACGCUUUCCCAGCUAAUUUACGCCACUCCCUUGAAAUUUUCAUAUUUACUUGCGCAUUCGCGCAAAGUUCGUUCCUAUGAAUGUUGGCGUGGCGUCCCAGAGGAUCAUCUUCGGGCUAACCGUCUCACUCUACUCCCGCUCUUCAUCUCCUGCGCCUGCUUCUCUCUAUUCCAGAACCUUCAUCUUCAUCCGCUCUCGCUCUCUCACGUUCUCCAGCUCACUCUUCUAUCCACCCAUGUCGUCUCACCGGCAGAAACGAGGUGGCUUUAGGGAACAGAGGUGGCAACCAAAGGUGACUUCCAGUGUGAUGCCUGGCCAGUCCUCAAAAAUGGAGCCUGUGUCUGCUGCUGCCCUUGAAGAUGUCACCACCGGGAUCAAGUCUCUGGAUAUCGCUGGGAAAAGUAAGCAACACGGUGUUCCACAGGUGCAUCUGCAGGCUGGAGGCAUUGGAGUGAUGAAUAAGACACCAGCUCAUAAUCAAAAGGCCGGGGUCUGGAAGCAGAAAUCUUAUGGGAAAGUAAGUGGAUCAGACGCGGUUGAAGUUGAAAAUGCUUCAACUAGUCAAGCAUCAGCUGAAGUCCGUGUUAAUGUGGCUAACAAACCAUCACAUGAGAAAAACAACGCUUCUCUCAGUAAUUUACUGGAGAAUUUUACGGUCGACAAGUCAACAUUUGCCCAAGCUCAAGUAAGAGCAACUUUCUAUCCAAAAUUUGAAAAUGAGAAGUCUGAUCAAGAGAUGAGAGCACGAAUGAUUGAGAUGGUAACUAAAGGCUUGGCGACAGUGGAGGUAUCUCUUAAACAUUCAGGAUCUCUUUUUAUGUAUGCUGGAAAUGAGGGUGGAGCAUAUGCGAAAAAUAGCUUCGGUAACAUUUAUACUGCUGUUGGCGUCUUUGUUUUAGGCAGGAUGCUUAAAGAAGCUUGGGGUCCUCUUGCAAGUAGUAAGCAACAAGAAUUCAAUAAAUAUCUUGAGCAACAGCGCAUGUGCAUAUCAAUGGAGCUAGUGACUGCUGUACUGGGCGACCAUGGGCAACGCCCACGAGAAGAUUAUGUGGUCGUUACUGCAGUAACAAAACUGGGGAAUGGAAAACCAAAGUUUUACUCAACUCCAGAUAUAAUUGCUUUUUGUCGAAAAUGGCGCCUACCAACAAAUCAUGUGUGGUUAUUCUCAACAAGGAAGUCAGUGACAUCCUUUUUUGCUGCCUAUGAUGCACUCUGUGAGGAGGGAACAGCAACCUCUGUCUGCAACGCCUUAGAUGAAGUUGCUGAUAUAUCUAUCCCGGGAUCAAAAGAUCAUAUGAAGGUGCAAGGAGAAAUCUUGGAGGGCCUUGUGGCUCGCGUUGUGAGUCGUGAGAGCUCAGAGCAUUUGGAGCAGGUGCUGAGGGACUUCCCUCUGCCACCAGUAGAGGGCGCUGUCCAGGAUUUAGGACCAACCCUUCGUGAAAUUUGUGCUGAAAAUAGAUCAGAUGAGAAGCAGCAAAUCAAAGCACUUCUUGAUGGCACUGGUGCCGCUUUUUGUCCAAACCAUUUAGAUUGGUUUGGGAAUGAAGCAUCAGAUUCGCAUUCAAGGACUGCUGACCGAUCUGUUGUUUCAAAGUUCUUGAAAGCCCACCCUGCUGAUUAUUCAACUACAAAAUUCCAGGAAGUGGUUCGUUUAAUUAGGGAAAGACACCAACGUGUAUCCUUUAAAUGCUUCCACAACUUUCACAAAACAAAUGAUGUAUCAAGUGACAACCUCCACUUCAAAAUGGUGAUCCAUGUGUUCAAUGAUUCAGUCUUCAGGCAGUAUCAGAAAGAAAUGAGGAAAAACCCGGGUUUGUGGCCACUAUAUCGAGGAUUUUUUGUCGAUCUAAACUUAUUCAAAGCUGAUGGGGAAACAGCGGCUGACAUUUUAAAAGGCAGCAGUCACAUCGUAAAAGGUGAUGAUGAAAAAAAUAGUUUAGCUGAUGAAGACGCCAAUCUAAUGGUCAAGUUGAAAUUUCUCACGUACAAGUUGAGAACUUUCCUGAUACGUAAUGGCCUGCAAACUCUCUUCAAGAAGGGUGCAAUGGCAUACAAGACGUAUUAUCUCAGGCAAAUGCAGAUAUGGAACACUUCAGCCGCCAAGCAACAAGCUCUCAGCAAGAUGCUAGAUGAAUGGGCUGUGUACAUACUCAGGAAGUAUGGGAAUAAGCAACUAUCCACAUCCAUAUACCUCAGUGAGGCUGAGCCUUUCCUAGAACAGUAUGCAAAGCGCAGUCCACAAAACCAGGCGUUGAUUGGAUCUGCUGGAAGCUUUGUGAGGUCUGAAGAUUUCUUGGCCAUUGUUGAUGGAGGAGAUGAAGAAGGUGAUCUUGAACAGGAGAAAUAUGUGCCACCAGUUGGCCAUAGUAUUUCUAGCGCAGAUACUGUAAUGAAGGAUGAAGGUCUCAUAGUUUUCUUUCCAGGAAUACCUGGUUGUGCUAAAUCCGCACUUUGUAAGGAAAUUUUGAGUGCCCCGGGAAGCCUAGGGGAUGAUCGACCAGUUCGAAGUUUAAUGGGUGAUCUUAUUAAAGGUAAAUACUGGCAGAAGGUUGCAGACGCACGAAGGGCAAAACCGUAUUCAAUAACGCUUGCUGACAAGAAUGCACCUAAUGAGGAAGUCUGGGCACAGAUUGAGGAUAUGUGUCGAAGCACUAAAGCAUCUGCAGUUCCAGUUGUGCCCGAUUCCGAAGGAACAGAGACAAACCCAUUUUCACUUGAUGCUCUUGCUGUAUUCAUAUUUCGAGUACUACACCGAGUUAACCAUCCGGGAAAUCUUGACAAAUCAUCUCCAGUUGUCGGCUAUGUGUUGUUAAUGUUCUAUAAUCUUUAUGAUGGAAAGAGCCGUGAGGAGUUCGAGACUGAUUUGAUAGGGCGAUUUGGCUCACUUGUUAAAAUACCUUUACUAAAACCCGAAAGGCCGCCUUUACCGCAUUCAGUGAAAUCUAUUCUGGAGGAGGGAAUGAAGUUGUACAAUCUCCAUACUAGCAGACAUCGGAGAUUGGAGCCAACCAAAGGGACAUAUGCAAAAGAGUGGGCCAAAUGGGAAAAGCAAUUACGAGAUGUGUUAUAUGCAAAUGCUGAUUAUCUUAAUUCAAUACAGGUUCCAUUUGAAUUAGCUGUAGAACAAGUAUUGGGUCAACUGAGAUCUAUUGUGAGGGGUGAGACACGACCAAUUGAAAAGAGGAAGCUUGGGAGUGUUGGGACCAUUGUGUUCGCUGCCAUUAGCUUGCCUGUUAAAGAAAUCAAAACUCUUUUAGAAAAUGUGGCUAAGAAGGAUUCAGAAGCUGAAGCUUUUCUGAAGGACAAAGACUUGGAAACUCGGCUUCAGAAAGCACAUGUGACGCUUGCUCAUAAAGGAAGCCACAGUGUGGCUGCUCUUGCAAGCUAUGCCCCCUUUCUCCAUCAACAAGUCCCUGUGGAAAUGACCGCUCUCUUAUAUUCAGAAAGGGUUGCUGCAAUUGAAGCCUCCAUUGGUUCUAUUGAUGGUGAAAAGAUAUGCUCGAAGAACAAAUGGGCCCACACCACAUUAUGGACUGCCAAGGGAGUGGCACCUGUGGAAGCCAAUUCACUACCACAAUUGCUUGAGGCGGGAAUGGCGAAGCGGGUUGAGAUCAAUCCGCCCGUCACGAUAAAUGGGGUUGUGCAGUUCUCUUAGGUGUUAUGCUCGAUGUCACAGCCCAAAAAUAUUUCAUCUUUCAUUGGACCCGGAUUUUGGAUGUCUGAAGGUAGUGUAGGGCGUUGAGCUGGGCAUAAACUCUAUUUGGAGGAUAUUGGAUUUUAUUAGAUGUCUGUGCGAUGAAGAAUUGCAUAGCAUUAAUCAGUCUUGUAUAAAAACGGUUGUACAGGACAUACUUUUGCCCUUAUAGAGAUAUUUUGAAAAUGAGGUUUACGUCCAAAUUCGAAGUAAAUAUGAGGUGUAAAUUUAGUUCUGUUUAUUUAUUUAAGCAGGCAUAAAUAGUAAAUACUGCAAUUAUUUCUUAAUGCAUAAUAUGUACU